AUGCUUGGAUUCAAAAGAUGUCUGGCACAUCUGCUAUUCAUGUGUACACUCGUUAGUGCAUUUCGGCAUGGUGCUACCCUCAUGCCAAAUAAGUCAGUGAAGAUAUUUCGUGAAGUUUCGAGCUACAACUUUCCUGCGUUUUUCCACUCACAGCAUGCCCAACAAGUCAUAGAGGUUAAAUUUUACAAUCUGAAAAAAGAAAAAGAAGACGAAGAACAAUAUAAGAGCGGAGAUUUGCCUCCUUGGGAAAUUGAUAUGUUGAUUUUAACCGAAGACGACUUGAAGAUCAUCAAACUCGACAGAGAUGUAAGAAACGACUUUAGGUUACCAAGCGAUACCGAUGGUAUGAGUUGGAAUUCUAUAUAUGUUAGCGACAUAACUGUCCAUCCUGACAUUGAGCAAUUUAGCCUGGAUGAAGUCCUGACCAAAAAUCUGAACCAAUCGUUGAUUUCAUCCUUCAAGCUUUCUCCUGAAAACGACAUAGUUCAACAUCCUUUUGAAUCCCCUGGGACUUACUGCAUCAUUGCAUCCUUCAACUUCCCUCACAACGACACAGUGGCAAAUGUUGGUAUCACGUUUCGAGAUCCUCAUGGUGAAUUGAGCAGAGAGGACUACAAGUACAUGCACUUUUAUUUUAUGCUCAGCAUCAUCUACUUCGUCAGUUCCCUCUUGUACUGUUACUAUGUCUUUUACAAAGUUAUAAAUCAGAGCGAUGAAAAUCACACGAGUGCAAACACAAAACACAGUUUCCAAGCGGGGACAAUUCAACUUCGGAUCCUGAUAUACAUGUUUGGAAACUCCUUAUAUUACUUUUUGGCUACUAGCCAUUUUUACAAAUUGAACAUGGAUGACCCUUACAAUCCUGGCUUUAUGGGAACUUUUCUAAGAUUUGCGAGUCGCAUCUUGGCCACCGUUCUCAGUAACUGGGUCUUGUACAAUUUGGUGUUGAUGUCAUUGGGCUUUCUUUUCGCUUCGAGACCAAGUAAUCCACAAAUUCCAAUGUACAUGUUUCGCAAAUCUUUAUCCUCCCUUUUAGCAGCUAUUCGGUUGUACCAGAUGGAACUUGAUGGCUCCAGCUUUACGGAUAUGUUUUUGAGAUUUGGGAUUCAGAUCCUGGCCGCAGUUUGUUUUUGCUCUGCCUUGAGCAGCCUAUUGUCAAUGACAUCGGGCCAUCUUUUGAGUUCACUGAGAACCAAUGAACAACUUCUUCUGUCUAUAAGGGAGGCGGUAAUUGGAAAUGUUAUGCAGGGCUCAGUUUCCGCGUAUAUGCUUACAUAUCACGAUGGUUGGGGAGAGAUAGGGGAUCUUUUUUCCAACGUGAAACUCUUGGUCUUCUUUUUCUAUUUUCUCUACUUCUCAGUCAGAACGUAUUCUGAAUUGCGUUUACACGGAAGGAGUUCAGCUGCCAACAGAUUUAUGGCAACAGCAGUACUGAUUCUCUCUCCAAUUGUGUACGAUGGAUUCAUAUGCCCCCAUUAUCCCUCGUUCCUAUCAGAGGUCGCUUGGAGUAUGAAACGCUUCAGAUCAGACAGGCACACUCUUUCUUUCCCCUCCCUAUCAGACCUUGUUUUGAGUAUCAAAAACUCCAGAAAUUUCAGACACAGUAUUCACUUAUUAGCCACUCUUCUGACAGCAGUUUUGUGGAAGGACACCGUUGUUGAUUCAGGAAAGGUUGUGAAGGCCGAAUAG